AUGGAUGAUUACCGCAGGAAACUCAGAUCUUCAACUAGUAAACUACUCGGUAUAUCAACAGUAUCUGGUACUAAGUCACUAAAAAAGGUGUCGACGAAGAGAAAAAACAAACAAAAAACAAUUACGAAUGAUCCGCUAUCAAACAAUGCUACUCUUAAGAAGGGUUUUCAUAAAGGAAAGCGCAACAAAAACGCAUUUACAAACACUAGCGUAAAACAUGACACUGAUGAGCAGUCGGCAAAUACCAUUCCUGCCAAAGCAACAGCCACUUCUGAUCAAAACCAUAAAAAAUACAAAUCUGCAUCUGCUACUCAUAGCACGAAAGAGAUUCCAACUGAAGAAAUCUCUCAAACUCCUGAAACUAGGAAGAAGAAUAUACUUAUUACCCCUCUCAAAAGCAAACGGAGCAAGACAAAAAAGCAUAAACUUGCGCGCAUAAUGAACAAGUCUAAGGAUUUGGCUUCUCAUAUAAUCAGGAAAGGGACUAUUGAACCUAACGGUAGAUACACUCCUGGUCAUGAAGAACCUUCUGUUAAGUUAGUAGUAAAGGAAGAGUCUUUAAGAAGAUUCAAUGCUAACAGAAUAAAAGAAAGUGUUAGUAAAGGUGAUAUGGGCGAAACUAAAGCAUCUGCAGCGCAAGAUUCAAGCCCCAGUUUUCAGGCGCUCACCUUUCAUGCUGAAAUCAUACUAUCCUCAGACACAAAUGAUUGUAGCCAAUCACACAUUCGCCCAACAGUGUGUGAUAAGCCAUCUGUUCCAGUACACCAGCACUUUGAUACUUCUUCUAGCAUUUCAUCUCCUGUUUCUGAGCAAGAUGCGGAGAGUCAUGGUGACUUUGUGCCUUGUCAACGAAGUGAAUCCAUUCCAGAGUAUGUGCUUCAAGUUGAAAGUAGCAAUGAAAGUGUUAGUAGUCAUGAUAAAGCCUACAGAAGAGGAGAUAUCGAACUGAUGCGCCGAAUCAUACAAGAAAUUAGAGAAUCACAUGUUGGUGCGGCUACCGCUUCUAAUUCUUCCAUUAAAGCAACUUCUGAUACGAAACUUGUACUUGGUAGGAAAUCUCGAGAAUUUUGUCAUGAGACUGUUGCUGAUAGUGAGAAUGGCGACAAAAAUAAUGCGCCUUCAAUUACCAAUGAUCUCUCCCUUUCAGUUUACGAGAACGAAGUUAGGUAUCCAGACUACUAA